CGCUCCCUCAUGGAGUUCCUUCUCGGAAGACCUGGGGCCGGCAGUGUGUAGAACGCUCUCAGCUGCGACUUGAGGACUCCGGGCUGUGGGGCUGUGACGGUCCAUCGGACUCCGCCGGCGCUGCCCAGAACAACUCCCGGGGAACGGGAACUUUGGCGUCUGGGGCUGGCUGGGCUUUGGGACGGUGCGCGGGACCCUGUAGAUUUGCUUUCACCGCCCAGGCCUCCUCGGUGGGGAGGCAGAGUCCUCACGUGGCCUCCUGCCUCGCUCACAGCCUGUGUCCCAGGGAGCCCGGCUUGCAGACAGCAGUGGUGUCCAUGGGCUCUGCAGACCAUCAGUUCAACCUUGCAGAGAUCCUGUCGCAGAACUAUAGUCUCCGGGAGGAGUGCACAGAGCCCCUGCGGUGCCCUGAGAAGCCUGAGGAGGAGCUGGACAAAGACUUCAUAUCCCAGGGCUCAUCCCCUCCGGUGCAGAGCAGUGACAUGCCCCUGGACGAGCUGCUGGCACUCUACGGCUACGAGGCAUCUGACCCCAUCUCAGAGCGGGAGAGUGAAGGUGGUGAAUCAGCCCCCAACCUCCCAGACAUGACUCUGGACAAGGAACAAAUAGCGAAGGACUUGCUUUCAGGAGAAGAAGAGGAGACACAGUCCUCUGCUGAUGACCUCGCCCCAUCUGUCACUGCCCAUGAGGCCUCAGUCCUCUUCCCCAACCAAAGUGGGUCCCGCUUCCUGGCUGGUGACGGCAAAGAGCCGGGUUCCUCUGCCUCCUCUGACACCGAGGAGGAUGCUCUUCCUGUCAACAAAUGUAAGAAGGAGAUCAUGGUGGGACCUCAGUUCCAGGCUGAUCUCAGCAACCUGCACCUGAGCCGACAUGAGAAGAUCUAUGAGAAUGAAGACCAGCUGCUCUGGGACCCCAAUGUCCUCCCUGAGAGGGAGGUAGAAGAGUUCCUGUAUCGGGCUGCGAAGCGCAGGUGGCAGGAGAUGGCGGGUUCUCAGCUCCCUCAGGGAGAGACUGUGAUAGACAGCGAGCAGGCACUGUACGAGCUGGUGAAAUGCAAUUUCAACGUGGAGGAGGCCCUGCGGAGGCUGAGGUUCAAUGUGAAGGUGAUCCGAGAUGGACUGUGUGCCUGGAGUGAGGAGGAGUGCCGGAACUUCGAGCACGGCUUCCGCGUGCAUGGGAAGAACUUCCACCUGAUACAGGCCAACAAGGUGCGUACACGAUCAGUGGGCGAGUGUGUGGAGUACUAUUACCUCUGGAAGAAGUCGGAGCGCUAUGACUACUUUGCCCAGCAGACGCGGCUGGGCCGGAGGAAGUACGUCCCGUCUGGAACCACGGACCCAGACCAGGACCUGGAGGGAAGUGACCCUGAUGGCCCCACUCGUCCCCGCCCUGAGCAGGACACCCUGGCGGGGGUGCGCACAGAGCCGCUGAGCACAGAUGGCACAUCCAGGAGCCUGGGUGAGCCUGAAGUGGGCUCCGAAGGCCUGCUGUCCUCGGAGCCAGGGCCUUGCCCGUUCCCGCAGCUGGAUAAACCCCCUGCCGUGACCCUGCCCCAGCCGUCCCCAGCCCUGGCCGACCCAGCCGUGUACCCCUCUACUGCAGCUGCUCCAGAACCAGGUGCCAGCCCGAGACUGGCURUGGACUUCACGCUGCCGGAGGAGCUGCCCCUCAUCUCCAGCCAUGUGGGUCUGAGCGAGGACCCAGAGGAGCCUGCGGCCCCGGCGCAGGUGGCCUUGUCGGUCACUGAGUUUGGACUCAUUGGCAUCGGGGACGUGAAUCCCUUCUUGGCUGGCCAUCCAGCGUGCCCGGCCCCCGGGCUGCACUCGGAGCCCCUGUCACACUGCAACGUGAUGACCUGUUGAUCCCUGCCGUGGGCCGGCUGUGUGGCCCGCAAGGGACUUGAGGGCACCACCCGGCCUGCCCCCAUCUUCCUGAGCCCUCCCCAGCUUGGGCUGGGUUGCCACCUUCUCUGCUUUCGAACGAAUACUGGGACCAGGGUGAGGUGGCUGGGCCUCUGGCCCUUGCCCUUCCACCCAGACUGGACCCUGGGCCACCACCACCCAGCUCCAGGCUGUACUGCACCCUGGGAUCCAUUGGGCAUCCGGUCUCAGAGAGGGCCUGACCCUCGGGAGUCAGGGCAGAGCUGGCCUCCUGGCCCCUCGUAGCCAGCAGAGGCAAGGGCAGACAUCACUGCCCACGGGGAGGUGGGCAGGACCUACUGCCUGCACCAGCAGCUUCUGCCUGGGUGGCCUCAGCACCAGUCAGCUCUGUCCCUGAUGGGACAGGGCUGCAGGCUGCCCUGCCUGGGCUUGGUGCCAGCUCUGCUUAGUGCCGGAUCUUGGGGUGCAGAGCCAUAUACCUCGCUUUCUGUCCGGCCUCCCUGCCCACGGCCCCUGCCCUCAGCCCCUGCCCACGUCUCCACUUCAGGAAAUGCCGCACUUUAUGCCUACCUGCCUCCCGCCUUUCCACCCAUCCUGACCCCGAGCGACUGGUGGGGUCCUUAGCAAGCCCCGGGGUGGGGAGGGUUCGAGGAGAUUGGUGGCCCACCCCCUUGCUGCCCUUUCCCCCUCAGCACCAAGGCUGGCUGCUUCAGAAGUGCUGCUGUCGCCUGCACCGAGGCCGGAUUCCGGCGCGCUUGCCUGCCCCCCGCCCCCUGCAGUUCUUUGUCAAGGUGUCCCAGCAGAUGGCCGGGAUCCUGUCUUCUUCCCGGCCUCCUCCCUCUAUUUAUGUUGGUGUUUACAAGUCAGAGUGGUCCUCUGGCCAGGUGUACAGCUCACCUGGAAUUGUGGGGCAGGGUCCUGUGGGCUCUCUGUAGCCGCACAUGGCCACCUGGCCCACCAAGGGCCACACCGUGCAGUGAAGCUGC